CGUUGACUUCAUCCUGACCAAUACAAACCCUACCCUUCUUUAAUCAGAAACAUUCCUAUUCGACGUAACCGUAACGAAAUAAUCGCUCGUUUGCAUCAAGGACGUCAAUCUAUCAUUUCGACUACUCCGAAUACCUCCUCGUCUAUCCGCAAGCUAUUUCGGAAUCGAUGCCGACCAUGCAUAAGGACCAACCCAUCCACCACGGCUCUCUCGAGCACCUCCUACCACCAAGCUGGAAAUCCCAAAUCAUGUCCUGGCUUGCCGAAGACAUACCCUCUUACGAUUACGCCGGCUUUGUCGUCGGCGAACACCCGCGCACCGCUACACUCUGGGGCAAGAGCGCAGGUAUUAUUGCUGGUAUCCCGUUCUUUACUGAGAUCUUCAAACAAUGCGGGUGCGAGGUCGAAUGGCAUGCUAAGGAGGGUAGCUAUAUCAACCGCCCGAAAGAUGGCUCUGGGAAGACUAAGGUAGCAACCGUUAGUGGUCCAGCGCGAGGCCUGCUACUAGGUGAACGCGUUGGUCUUAAUUUACUUGCUCGCUGCUCGGGUGUUGCGACCGUGAGUCGGGAUAUGCUGCUCAGUCUGCGCAGCGCGGGGUACGAGGGCGUGCUGGCGGGUACGCGGAAGACGACGCCCGGGUUUCGGCUGGUUGAGAAGUACGGCAUGUUGGUUGGUGGCGCGGAUACGCAUCGCAUGGAUUUGAGUUCGAUGAUCAUGCUAAAAGAUAACCACGUCUGGAGUCGGGGUAGUAUCACGGAAGCUGUUGAGGCGGCGAAGAUGGUUGGUGGAUUUGCGCUGAAGAUCGAGGUUGAGGUUCAGAAUGAGGAGGAGGCUAAUGAGGCGAUCGCUGCGGGUGCGGAUAUCGUCAUGUUGGAUAACUUCACGGGCGAGGGCGUCAAGAUCGCGGCGAAGAAUUUGAGAGAGAAGUGGAGGGGCAAGCGAGAAUUCUUGAUUGAGGUUUCGGGUGGUUUGAGGGAGGAUAAUGUUUUUGAUUACGCCAACAAUGAUAUCGAUAUCAUCUCCACGAGUUCGAUCCACCAAGGUACGCCGCACGUAGACUUCUCGCUCAAGAUAGAUCAAGGUCAGAUCGCGCAGGAAUCGUGAUUUCGCACGGGAAAUCUGUUCUCUGUAUAAUACAUAAUCACGAAGGGUAUACGACCUAGAAUGAAUGAAUACUAUGGGUAAUCUGGGUUCUCGAUGGAAUUGGUUACAUACCUAAAAUAAGGGUACGUUUGGGCUUACGAAAUACUUGCUUACGCUUCGUAGCAUCCUCCAACUCAACAAUUGUGGUGUAUAUAUGAGACACCAACUAGCAAGUUGUUAUAUGUACCUCUGAUAUACGUUAGAUAAGUCCUAAAAUGACCACAAGUUAGGCAUUGCCGAGUCUGGUUUCUCGGCCGAACCGACUUGUAUGAGCGCCUACAAAUAGGCCUGAUAGCGCCGACAUCUAGUUUAUAUACUAUAAUUGGAGCACAAAUCUUCACA